CUCAAAUCGCCCUCCUCCAAGUAGCAACCCGACCCAACGGUCUCGUUGCUGCGCCAGAGUGAAUUCGUAGUCCUCUCUUUCUUACUCUCAUGACCCUGAUUCUGGCCCUGUUCAUCAAUAUCUUACUACUAAUCUCAGGGAAGACCAACCUUGAUUUUUGUCCCUGUGUCUUGCCCGUUUCUCUGGUACCCGUUGCUAGCUUGUCCGUUGCUCCAUUGACUUGACUUUGGCCAUCUCCACGCCUUGCCAGGUCUCGUUCGCUUACCGGCCGAGUCCCUUGUUGCUCGUCUUGAACUUUGUUUUGCUGCCUCUGACUGGCUCAGGCCUCUCGCCUCUCUUCUCACUAUCGCUCAAAGACUCCUCAGGCUCCGGGUCUGGCUCCUUCUUUUCAUUCCCUCCGUUGCCAUUCUUUUGGCUCUCACCUCAUUCAUGCCAUCAACCUUCACUUCCACUUCGACAUCUUCGUCGUCUUCCGUAACUCUCUCUGCCAGCCCUAGGUGACUCGCUUGGCUGACCACGCCUCCAUUGCAUCCUCACCCAUCAGCUUCAACUACUAUUGCAGAACAACAGUCCAGUAUCCCAAUGGCCUCUUGGACCUUGCCCUAUCGGGUUGAAGCUGUCGACCGCGACCCAGGCUUCUACUGGCAGGAUAUCGACAAUGGACCUAACGAUGGAUCAAACGACUUCUUUGGUCAGUUUCUCAACUUUGAUGGUGAAAUCCCAUCUUCUAUGGCCGAUCCACACGGUCACAACCCAUCAAUGCCGGCCCUAGCCAAUGGACUUAUCCUCGACCAUCCUACCGAGUCCACUGCAUCUGCCUCGUCAGGCGUUUCAACAACUGAAGAUGAGUUCGAUUUCUUCUCCUGCAGUUCUCAGGUCGACGCGACAAUCCCCUCUCAGCCAGCCUCAUCCGCUGUCGCAAGUGCAUCGCAUGAGGUCGAUCCUCGAAGCCUCGCACUUGCGAGUGCCGUUGGACUGACGGACGAGAAGCCUCCCCUGGUGCCUCGAGUUUCCAUGUCAGACCCAGAACUGCCCCGAGUUGAUGGCAUUUCAUUACACUCUUCACCUGGAAAGCGGGUGCCUAUUUCACAACCAUCAUCCCCAACCCCACCCAACACAAUGGCCAGGAAACCCAACAAAUUCGUUGAGGCACUCUCAUCCACGAUUCGUAAAGCCAGUAAACUUCGCAAACCCAAGAAGCUCGUUGCCAUGGACCGCCCAGGCUCUCCGACCAUGGACAAUCCUCCUCGGGCCUUGCGACUGCAGCAUCACGAAUAUGGCAACGGUAAUGACGCAUUCCCCCCAUCACCGACAUGCGGGCCGGAUAGCACCAACUUUGUUCAUGGGUUUUGUGACGAUCCCUUUAGUGAAAUUCCUCAGCCGCCUCCGAACAACUCUCUCCGCUUUUUCAGCACCAACGGAAUCCACACACCAGCAGAAUCCCCAGGAGUCAAGACUGAACCUGGCCUUUACCAUCCCGACAUGGCAGGGCAAGUUCCUCAGUCAUCUUGGCAGCAUCAACAACACCCGCACUCACACCCUCAUCCACACCAGCAUCCCCAUCCCCAUCCACAUCCACAUCCACAUCCACAUCCACAGGCCCAUGUUCAUCCUCACCCACACCAGCAACCUGUUACUGUUGUGGGUACAGCACCCGAGACAUGGCCGGGGCAAGAGUAUAUGGCUCAAAAUCCUCAUCAAAGCGGGUGGUGGGAUCUAAAUCUUUUAAACCAGAAUGGCGAAUAUGUUGUAGCCGAUCCGCAACAGCAGAAAAACGCCAGCCUCAACCUUGCCAUGCAUGCCCAGCAUGCGGAGUUGCCGUACGAGUAUCAGGUUCACGAUCCCAAUUCGGCUGGCCUCAUGAUCCAUAUGCCACAACCACGAAACGCCUCGGCUCCCAGUCACGACCUUUCGUUGAACACCCAGACUUACCUCCCCCCACCGCCUAUCCCUCCAACAUCAGAACGCCAUCGUCCGCCACGAGCCCCGUCUUCUGGAGCACGACACUUGUCAUGCUCUCCAAUUCGUAAGACACGCCAGCCGUCCAUUCCACCCACGCCCGCCACAGCACACUCGCGCCACAGCUCCAAUGGGUCUGUCGCAUCAGCUCGCAGCGCCUCGGGUCGAGGUAUAGUACCGGGGACUCCCACGGCAAUGCGCAAGCAACGACGAUCUCGAGAUGCAAGCGGCAGCAGUGGAGGCGGCAGCGAGAUCGGGUUCGUCAAUUUUACUCCCAGCGACGGCGGUCUCCUAAUGACAGGUGUUGCGCCGAGCGGCAGUUCGAAGACCAAGGCGCGAAGAGAGCGUGAGGCGAUGGAACGGAGGCGACGAUUGAGCGAGGCGGCCAUGAAAGCGGUGCAAGCAGCAGGUGGUGAUGUCGACAAGCUGAUGGAACAGGGUUUUGCAUUUUAACCCCUCAAAUUCAAUCCAAAUCGGGUCUAUUUGAUUUUUGGUUCCUGGUUCCUGCAUGAGACCACGUAUGUGGCUGUCGGGACUUGCCGCAGCGUUUUUCACAUGCGACUUCACAUUUUAUGUCAUCAAUAAAGAUUUGAUGAUGCAGAGGUGAAAGAAAGGUGAGGGGAAGAAUACGAGUUGACAUGGGAGGACUAAGAAAUCAAGUGGCAGGUGUUGGUGUUGGUGCUGGCGGUGAGACAAUCCCAAUUUGCAUCGGAGCUAAAGGAAGGGGUGGGCGUUGAAAGGGAAAAGGGAAAGGGGGUAUGGAGGGAGCUUUACCUCUACGAGGUUAACAAACAUUUAUCACGACAACAAACGACAUCAAUCGCCAACUGCGACAGGCACUGACCUUUUCAUUAUCAUAACUCGACGACGGUGUUUCUCAAUAAUCUUCUAUCUCUCUUUUUUCCACUAUCUUACCUUUAUCUCAAGCCUUUGCGCAAUUUUUUGGCGGACUCGAAUCGAACACAAGAGAUCAUCACUCAGCCUCAUCAGUCCAUCAACUAUAUUAUAUCUAUCUACCUAGGUCUUCCCUUUGGCAAAAUUCCCGUCAGCAAGUCUUGCGACUUUGAAAGCCUACUAGUCCAGAGACGUUCGUGGUCUCACAAAACUCCAUUUCUUGAAUUUCUUUUUUUAUUUUUAUUUUGCGUCCUUGUUUGCUUGCUUAUAUAUACCAUUCGUCAUGUACCAAUAGUCAUACUACAAGACUUAGAGUAGUCUUGUUUUGCCUCUUCCUCACUGUAUCUUAAAGCCUCUCGUUUGAACGCAAAGCCUUGCUGUUCCGCUCAGAUAUGGAAUAAUCAUUGUAUUUGUACGGAUGGUUGGGGAGGCUGGGUAUUUGGUGUUUCCCUCUUCAACGUCCGAGGUGUUACAUGGAAGUGUGGAUGAGAAUUCAAGGCUUUCAAUCACUACGAUGGCUGGUUUUGCAUCGUCCAUACCGAGUACUGAGCUUAGAUACAUUGGAUACAAGCUCCAUGGACAAUUACUUCUCCGUUAGCCACGGAAGUUCCAGUCACUGGAAAGACCUUUUUCAUUAGAUAAAUAAAGUAACGCACCUUUCAUGGAUUGUGUUUGCACUUGAACCUCA